CGGCCUUCUCUCCGAUUGUCAUGGAUUGUCUCCGAUGUUUCUAUACUUCAUCACGGAAAUUGCCGAAUUCAGAAAUUGAUGAAAGAUCAUUUUCAAUGUUACGAAAAAUUUGAUCAUUUCGGUUGGUACUUUCCUGGAUAUUUUGUUUCUCUGCCUUGGCCCUCUCGACCCAUCAGCCAUUCUUCUGCGGCUUUAGAUAUUUUUAAGGUUAUGUGCACGGCUGUCUUUGAUGUGGCGUAUUAUGAGCAAUGCCGAGAGACAUGUCUUUUUAACGUAAUUAAUGUGAAAAAGUGUGAUGAGAAUUUAAAAAUAUGGAGCAGUGGAUUCAUGAAAAUUUGUCGACCAUUCUGGAUUUUCCGGUUCCUGACGAUUUAACAAAAUAUAUUUUGGGAAUUGAAAACGAAAGGGAUUUGGAUGAAUAUCUAAACACGCUAUUAGAUUACGACAACUCUAAGCACAGACAGUUUAUCUCCCAGCUCAAGAAAAAACAAGUAUCGGUUGCAGCUUCCUCUAAAGAUUUGAUAGGAUAUAAAAAAUCUUCUGCCAACAAAGAUUCGAGUCAAUUCAAAUCCAUUCAAAAACCAAGCGAAAAGAAGAAAGGAAAGACUAAAGUGAAAGAAGCUCCAACGGAAACUCCAAAGCCAGAGAAAAUAGAGAAAAAGAAAGCCAAAUAUGUUAAUCUCUACUCCCAGGAAGGUCGUGAUAGAGAAACAGUUUUGUUGAAAGGAAGACACAGAUGUAACUGUGAAGCUAAGCAACAUGCUCUUAUAAACAAUUGUCUCAAUUGUGGAAACAUAGUGUGUAGUCAGCAAGGAGCAGGUCCUUGUUUAUUUUGUGGCGAUUUGGUGUGUUCGCCAGAGGAACAAAAAAUUCUUGCAUCAAACUCCAAACAGGCUGACAAUUUGUAUAAUAAACUUAUGGAUAAAAAACCUUCUAAAGGUUACGAAGAUUCUGUUAAACAGCUGGACCGGCUUCUGGAAUUUGAUCGAAACAGCUCGCAGCGAACGAAGGUGAUUGACGAUGAAAGUGAUUAUUACCAAUCAAAUAGUGUCUGGCUUUCAAAGACCGAAAAAGAAAGAUUAAAAAAACGGGAGGAUGAAAUUCAAGCUCAGAAACACCGUUCUCGAUUGGACCGAAAAGUCGCGCUAGAUUUUGCUGGCCGAGAAGUUAUCGAUGAUGAUUUUUACGUUCCGGAAGAAACGAUUGAUGAUUUUUUGGAACACUCUGAAUUUGAAAGCUGCAACACGUGUCCAAGUAUACACUUCGACCGACCAACUUACGUGAAAUUAAAUCUGUGGCCUCAGAAUCCCAACAAUAAGCCGAAAAUAAGUGAUAAGAAUCGAAUCCAGGAUAAAGAGUAUUUGGAAAUGACUGAUGAAGGAUAUUGUCUGAGUAUGCACCAACCUUAUGCAUCUCUUCUCGUAGCUGGAAUAAAAACACACGAAGGUCGAACGUGGUACUCGUCACAUCGAGGCAGAUUGUGGAUAGCUUCUGCUUCCAAAGUCCCCAGUACUGAAGAAAUAUCGUCUCUAGAACACCAGUAUAGAGUUCUGAAAGAUGAGCACAUAAAGUUUCCAGAAAAUUAUCCCACAGGAUGUUUGUUGGGUUGCGUAACCGUGACGGACGUUCUGUCUCAAGAGGAAUAUCGAAAAAUGUAUCCAGAUGGAGAAAGCGAUAGUCCUUACGUGUUUAUAUGUGAAGAUUGUUAUCAGUUACCAAUCAAAUUUCCCAUGCAGGGAAAAUACAAAAUUUAUAAACUGGAUGCAAAAAUACAUCGUGCUGCUAUGAAAUCCCUAGAAAGAGUCAUGAAAAAGUCGAGCCUAGUUCAGCGCGGCAGUUAGUUGUAGUUAUUUUUUUUCAUUAUUUUUGACCGAGUUGCACCAUUAAAAUAAAGUACCUUGCUUUAUAAAUA